AUGAACCGUGCUAACCCUACUAUAACGCCUCAUCUGGCCACUUCGAUCGUGAAGGAAAACUGGUGUGUCACAGUCGCCGAUGUUGAGCGGAACGGCCAGCCGGGCAUCGUCGCAGGUGGGCCUUCCGCACCAGGUGGAGAGUGUAGCUCACCACCGACCUUUUACGGGGUUUCAUAUGUAACAAGUGAAGCAGUGGUCACAGAGAAGCCAUCAGACGUACCUGUUGGGAGGGCAUGGUGCGUUACUAUGGCUGAUGUUGAUAGAAAUGGGCAGAUGCUUCCAGUUGAUGCAGGUCCAGCAAUGUUGGUCGAUGGGUGUAACGCUCCCUCGAUGUAUCAGUGGAAAGGAGGGAUGGCUACAUGA